AUGAUUUUUUUUAAAAUUUUUUUUUUAAUCCAAAUUUGGAUUUUAAUUUUAAAUUGUAAUAUUUAUUUCAUAAUGAUUUUUAUUUUAUUAAUUUUUUUAAAUGUUGUCCAGAUAGGGCGAAUGGGUCUCUAUAAGAGGGUUUACAGGUGCCUUUUAAGGUUGAGUGUUGUGGUAUAUUUGUUGAGAUUUGUUGGUAGUGUUACAGAGUGGAUUGGAGAGUUCCAAUUUUUGCUAAAUCUCUCGAGUUGUUUGGAUAUGAUGGAUUUGAAUUUUUUGGCUUGUUCGUUGUUUGUGGCUUUUUUUUCAUCUCUAAUUAGUUUGUAUAUGUUGUUUUUGGUUCUCUCCCACGCCGCGUAUUGA